AAUUUUCCUUUCGCCUUUUGGUUUCAUCCAAAGUCUUUUUGAGCCGAGGUCCAGCUGGGCUUAUCUAAUAGAUUGAACUCAAUUAAUCAGUCACGUGAACACGCGAUAAGGUUGGAUCCGUCUCGCGUUGAUUUUUGCGUUUUUGCGAUUCCUAGGUCCCUCUUCUGUAGGGGUAACACCCGUAGAUACCUAGUUACAAGCUGCUUCAGAGCCUUUCAGAGCGAUAUGCUCGACCCAUCUUCAAACAUUGCCUGCUGAACAAUGGCAUUUUUAGCCAGACGAAUGCUUCAUUUUCUCCAACCAGCGAGGCCUACCAUAUCAUAUAUAAUGGCUAGGAUGAACCGACAUUCGUCAUGGGCAAGUCUCGCUGGUUCGCUAAAGUCUUUCUUGCCUAGGCAGCCAGAAAAACCGCGUUUGCUUCCCACAAGUGGUUUCCAAACCAUUGACUCAAAUAUAGUGAUUGAAGAGGAGGCAAUCCCUGACUAUAAAGCCGAUCGAUUCUAUCCCGUUAAACUCGGAGAAGUUUUUGAAGGCCGCUUCCAAGUGAUUGCGAAGCUAGGAUUUGGCUCAUCAUCGACUAUUUGGUUGGCCAGGGACCUCAGGCGUCAUGAAUAUGUAGCCUUAAAGGUAUACGUGCAUACGUCCAAAUACCUCAGGGAACCUCCGUUUUACGAUCAUAUUUCUCGCCAUCUUACAAAUACGAAAUCACAAUAUGAACGACAAAACAUACGACGAGUAUUGAGCACCUUUCAACUAGCUGGACCCCAUGGUAUACACCCCGUUUUAGUCUGUGAAGCAUCGCAGAUGAGCCUCCGUGAUAUGAAGACCGUCUUCUUUCCCAAUGGUUUUGAAGAAUCUUUUGUCAAGGCGGCUACAAUUGAGCUCCUUAAGGCUGUAGAUUUCCUCCACACCCGCGCAGGGGUCGUUCACACCGAUAUACAUCCUGGCAACUUGCUACUGGGCUUGUAUGAUAACAAUGUACUCCAAGUUCUCGAAAAGAUGGAAUUUGAUUCGCCUGUUCCUCGCAAGCCGGUUUCGGACUCUCGGACUAUCUAUAUGUCGCGACUCGGUAAACCCAAAGAAGGGCCAAUGCUGUUAUCUGACUUCGGAGAGGCAAGAAUUGGCCCAGGACCCCAUGGCGGAGAUAUUAUGCCACUUGAAUUCAGGGCUCCUGAGGUUCUACUAUAUGUAGGCUGGAGUUAUCCGGUUGAUAUCUGGAGUGUUGGGCUUACAGCCUGGGACUUGCUCGGGUGCCAGAGGCUCUUCACAGCUCGAGAUGAAGAGGAUGGUCAGGCGUAUGAUGCGGUUCAUUUUGCUGAGAUGAUUGCAGCCCUGGGUCCUCCGCCAGCUGAAUUUUUGGCCAAGAACCCUGAGCGACGAGCUGAUUUCUGGGGCGAGAAAGGUAUGUUAACCAUCCGAGAGAGCCUUUCCUGGUUCGUUGGUAUAUUAAAUAAAUCUAGGUGAAUGGCUGGAGCUGGCACCCAUCCCAGAAGGCAGAACACUUGAAUCCGUUGAGAACCGGCUGGAAAACAACGAGAAAUUCUUGAAGUUCAUACGGCGAGCUCUGACUUGGAUGCCUGAAGAGAGACCUACGGCAAAACAGCUAAUGCAGGAUCCUUGGUUGACAUCGUAGAAACAAACAGCUGAUUCCGGACCACCCUGGAAAACAGCAUGUGCCAUCAGUAAUGGGCAAUCGUUCAGUUCAGAGGCACAAACAACUCGACUCCAGAUCGUGGAUAAUUAACACAAAACUCCGAGAGGAUUAUUUCUUGCAGCUAUAAAGCCAGGUUGAGCAUAACCAACUAGUUAAUGGAUCAAGAAAAUGCGGGUAACUUUGCGAGCUGACAAACAAGACCGACCUCUAGCUCGCCCUUAACAUAAAAGCUGCCACUGAGCCGAAAGAGAAAGCCCACACCAGUGGCCAGCUAGUUAUACAGUUAAUGAUUUCUUUGGCAAUAUGGAGCACUCCUCGAGGAUCGCCUGGAGCCUGCCCGCCUAAACUUCCUUCAGAGCGGGAGACGCUGUGUCCAGUCCGCUCUCUUUGGCUUAUAAGCUUAACUGCUCAGCUAAUAAGCUGCCUUCUGUUGCGGAGAAGUUACGUAGUUGUGCAUGCGCCGCUGCGGCAGGAGUUCACUGCUUACUCCGUACUUCGAAUGUUCCUUAACUAGCUAGUUGUCUAGUUUAUGUGUCACAGAGGCGAUAUCCCAACAUUUCAGUCCUGCAUGUCGACCUACACUUCUACUCUC